AUGGCUGCCGUAGAAGACGACUCCUCCGAUCUCUCGUCUCUCUCGUCCUUGUCGCCUAUCCCCUCGGAUGCCGAGCUGGACGACCUUAGUGACGACGCGCCGACCGCAGCCAAAUCGGGAAUCCUAAAGUUCUUCCCCAAGUUAACAGAGCAGCCACCAAAGGAGCCCUCGCCGCCACCGCGCAAACGGUCUCCCUCGCCACCUCACGAAUAUGUCCUCGCCGACAAUCCUGAUAUUGCAUUCCUGGUGAUGUUCCGAAGCCGCUUCAGCGACGCAUUUCCAAAAUCACUUGCACAUUUCGGACCGCAAGAGUUGGAGAGAGACGUUGUCGAACCCAUACCGGGCGAUCGGGCGGAGCAUUUUUUGUGCGCCGUCCUCGGACUUCUCCUGAACCGGAAGCAAGAUGUCAAGGCAGGUCAUUAUGGCAGAGCUUUGGAGGAUGCAAUUGCGUCUCAUAAGAACCAAUGGCCCUCUUCAUGGGAGGACAAGAACCCCCUUGCUGGCGGCGCAACCUUUAGUUCCAUGAAUCCAACUGAAAGGUUAAACCUUUUGCGCAUUCUUGUUCUUUGGGCCAUGGCAUCGUCCGAUACCCUCAAGGGCUUAAUCAACCAAUCCUACAAACAGAACCGACACGAGGACGACAUCAACCAACCGCGCGCGGUUCAGCCAUGGGGAUCUGAUGGAGACAAGCGCCGAUAUUUCUUGGUUGAGGGACAAGAUGAUACCGCCUUCCGUGUAUACCGCGAGAGCAAUCCUGCUGGCACUAAUCGGACUUGGUGGAGCGUCGCUGGGAGCAUCGAAGAGCUCAAGGCUCUCGCAGAUAAGCUCGAGACAAAGGAUGGAGGCCCCAAAGCCAGGAAGCUCAGCCAGAAGAUACUCCAGGCCAUCCCGCGCUUCGAAGCGGGAGACGAGAAACGAAAGCGACGAGAGUAUCGUCAGUUGCGCAAGGAACAGUUCAAGCGCCCAGAGCCUGGAUUUUCACUAUACGAAGGCCGUACUCGCGGCAAGCGCAUGAAGUAUACGUACUCCGACGACGAAGAUAUAUUCUCGGAUUCAACUGGCAAUAGGCGCUCGGCUCGCAAUACCGGAACCAACACACCAGCGGAGACGGGUCCUGUUACUACAUCCAGCGGUCGCACUGUUCGAGCUCCUCCCCGGCUCAAUGUGACUACCGGGGAGGACCUCCCAAAUGAGGUUCAAGGAGACACUGUCGAGGCUGCUACAGAGAGAUCAGCUGGACGACCACGUAGAUCGGCAGCGGCGUCCGGGGCAAACGACCUCACAGAUACGGACGAUGGAGAAAGUGAUGCUGAAUUUGGGGAUGAUGAAGAUGACGUCGAGGCCCAGAUUCCGGAAGAAUCGGAGGACGAGGACGAGUUCAAGGAUGAGGCAAUGGAUGAGGAUGACUUGGACGUGGAACCCCAAACGCUGGUCGUGAAGCUUUCGGUGACUCCACCCAAGCUGAAAGGGGUUCUCACUCCAAGCGAGCGAGCGGCAAACCUGCUUCCGACUACGAGCGAAGGGAACCUGAAGGAUGCACCAUCCGGCCCGCCAGAUACGCCUACCCCCAUCCAGCAAACGUUUGAAACGGCGGCAGCCGUGCCUGUGUUCAGUGCGAAGACUCCCGAGAGACUCAAAACCCCAGAAAUCACAGAUCAACAGGUCAAAGCCCAGUCCUCUAUCCCCUCAGCUGCACCAGCAACCUCACUGGCAUUCAGAGGCAGCCCCGAAAAGCAACCAGCGCAACUAGUGCCUGGAACUUUGAAGAUCAUCAGCCACGAAUAA